CCUGGGCAGUCCAGCCCCACUGUGGGCUCAGGGCUGUGAGCACCAUGGCCUGGACUCCUCUGCUCCUCGCGCUCCUCUCUCACUGCACAGGGUCCCUCUCCCAGCCUGUGCUGACUCAGCCGCCCUCCCUCUCUGCAUCUCCGGGAGACACAGCUAGACUCACCUGCACCCUGAGCAGUGAUGUCAGUGUUGGUGGUAAAUACAUAUACUGGUUCCAGCAGAAGCCAGGGAGCCCUCCCCGGUACCUCCUCUACUAUAACACAGACUCAGAUAAGGGCCAGGGCUCCGGGGUCCCCAGCCGCUUCUCUGGAUCCAAAGACGCCUCGGCCAAUGCGGGGCUCCUGACCAUCUCGGGGCUGCAGCCCGAGGACGAGGCCGAGUAUUACUGUAUGAUCUCGCACAGUAGUGGUUCCCACAGUGACACACACAGAUGGGGAAGAGGUCCUGAGAGGCCUACGGAGCCCGUGGUGCCCUCAGGUCUGCACACAGUCCUGGUGCAGUCCCGCAGCCUGAUUUCUAUGAGUCCAACCCGAGCCUCUUCCCUGCCCGUUGGAGCGACCGUAGCGCCCCCUGGUGGGAGCAUGAUCCGCGGGGAGCUAGGCUCUCCGAAGCCGCAGAGGCGCAAGGAGCUCGGCUCUGGGAGAGGGGCCGCACCCCAGAAUGGUCUUGGAUUCGAAGCGCGCAUUGCAACCCCCCGAAGACACACGGCCACCCCUCAGGGUGUUGCUCCCCCCGCAGAGCCCUCAGGCAAUGACAAGAGCGGCCACUAG